CGCGGGGCGGCGCGCAGCACUGAGGCGAGCGGCAGCAGCGGCGGCGGCCCACCCGCGACCGAGGCGGACCCGGGCUUAUCCGACAUUUUUCAGCAGCUCAAUGGCCUCCCAAAAGAAGAAACUUCAAGGUCUUGUUGCUGCAACCAUCACGCCAAUGACGGAGCAUGGAGAAAUCAACUUUUCAGUCAUUGGUCAGUACGUGGACUAUCUUGUGGAAGAACAGGGAGUGAAGAAUAUUUUUGUGAAUGGCACAACGGGAGAAGGCCUGUCCCUGAGCGUCUCAGAGCGACGCCAGGUCGCAGAGGAAUGGAUGACAAAAGGGCGGAACAAGCUUGAUCAGGUAGUAAUUCACGUAGGAGCACUGAGCUUGAAGGAGUCACAAGAACUGGCCCGACAUGCAGCAGAAAUAGGAGCCGAUGGCAUCGCUGUCAUUGCGCCUUUCUUUCUCAAGCCAUGGAACAAAGAUGUCUUGAUUAAUUUCCUAAAGGAGGUGGCUGCUGCGGCCCCAGCAUUGCCAUUUUAUUACUAUCACAUCCCUGCCUUGACAGGGGUAAAGAUUCGUGCUGAGGAAUUGCUGGAUGGGAUUCAGGAGAAGAUCCCCACCUUCCAAGGGCUGAAGUUCAGUGACACAGAUCUCUUAGACUUCGGGCAAUGUGUUGAUCAGAAUCGCGAGCGGCAGUUUGCUUUCCUUUUUGGGGUGGAUGAGCAACUACUGAGUGCUCUGGUGAUGGGAGCGACGGGAGCGGUGGGCAGUACCUAUAACUACCUGGGAAAAAAGACAAACCAGAUGUUGGAGGCUUUUGAACGAAAGGACUUCUCUUCAGCCCUGAACCAUCAGUUUUGCAUUCAGAGAUUUAUCAACUUUGUGCUCAAACUUGGUUUUGGAGUGUCGCAGACGAAAGCCAUCAUGACUCUGGUUUCUGGGAUUCCAAUGGGCCCACCCCGGCCUCCGCUGCAGAGAGCUUCCAGAGAGUUUAUUGAUGAAGCCAAAGCUAGGCUGGAGAGCCUGGAUUUCCUUUCUUCCACUGAUUUAAAGGAUAGAAACUUGGAAUCCUGUAGCUAAGGCCUUUCUAUCAAAUCAGAGUGUGUACCUUGAAUACUGCAUUCAUUUCUCAAGGGCUUUUUAAAUGAACUUGAACUAAACACUUUUCUAACAAAUGAAAUCUCACCUCAAUCGACAAGUAUUUAAGUACAUUCUAUGAUCCUAAAAUGUUUAAUUUUUGUGAAGGGGCAAAAACCCUAAAUGGGGUCAUGAACCCUAAGUCAUUCAAUAUUUCACAACAUUUUUGUGGAGAAAUUUCUGCUUAUAUGGAUGAAACGGAAUCAAGAGGAAAAUUAUAAGUGAUUCAUUCCACUUGCCUUUAGGAGCUCCCAUUAUCUUGAUUUCUGAUUCUUAAUCCUAUUUUAAAAUUUUCUAAUUUUAAACCCGUAUAAUGUACUUUCAUUUUAAUAAAUAUUCAUUUGGAAUCUAGGACAGCUCUGAGCUACUGCAUUUAGGCGGGUACACUUACUUUAAUACCAAAUUACAACAUGACUCAACUUUACACAACUAUUAACACACCAGCUCACUUUGCUGCUCAGUCUAACUCUAGACUAUCUGCUUUCAGAUUAACUGUGAUGUCACAGUUUUCCCCCCAAACAUUGGGUUAUGUGGAAACUUGCUUGACCACUAAAGGGCCCAUGAGAGUGCUUUUCACAGAACCAAGAAAAGGCCCUCCCCAAAGAUGAACUCAGGUCUCCACUUCUUGCUAUGCAGAGAACUUGUCACAGCUCAAAAUCUCAAAGAACCAAAGGUCUCUCCCCUGGGCACCACACACUUCCCCUUUCCCCAUUGAGAAGAAAGUGUCUCCCCAACAGGUCCCUGAAUUACUGGAAGUGAAGGCCAAUGUCUCUUCUACAGUUAGCCCAGGGGCCCCUGUUAUUUCUAGGUCAUACUUUCAAGCACAUUUCUUCAGUGAAGGAAGAUUUGAGGAGGACCCAAAGAUUUUAUUUCAGUCUAGCUUUCCUUACACACCUUCUUUACUCUUUCCUUUCUACGUACUAUAUCCCUGGCUGUUUAAUCUCUUUUCCAGCAAACCCUUGUGAGCGCUUCCUAGUAACAAAAUAUACUGCCAGUCAACCCUUGA